AUGUCGUUUGGAAAGAAAGACGGGAAAAAGGGAGACAAGAAAGACGGAAAGAAGGGAGACAAGAAAGAUGGAAAUGAAGAAGACAAAAGCAGCGAAGAUGACGGAGAGAAUGACGCCGUAGAUGCUCUUCUUGGCUUCUGCGAGAUGUUGGAGAAUGCAUUGGAGAAAGGCUUACCUGACAAUACUCCUUCAGAGCUGUUAGCCAUUUUCCGAUCCGUGGAUCCUAUCUGUGAGGAUGCUGAAGAAAUUGCUGAAUCCGAAUCUGAAGACUCGGAUGAGAAAGGUGACAAAAGCCCCAAGGGAAGUCCGAAAAAGCUUCUUGUAAGACUAUGCGAAGGUCUUGAAAACGGUGACAUUGCUAAUACUGACCCCGAUUACGACAGUGUGUUUACCGACCUUGAGCCUGUGUGUGACGACGUUCUGGAAUUCGUAGACUCGGAAAUGGAAAAUGAAGAGGGAGGUGAUUUUGGAAAGAAAGAAGGGAAAAAGGGAGACAAGAAAGUCGGAAAGAAGGGAGACAAGAAAGAUGGAAAUGAAGAAGACAAAAGCAGCGAAGAUGACGGAGAGAAUGACGCCGUAGAUGCUCUUCUUGGCUUCUGCGAGAAGUUGGAGAAUGCAAUGGAGAAAGGCCUACCUGACGAUAUUCCUUCAAAGCUGUUAGCCAUUUUCCGAGCCGUGGAUCCUGUCUGUGAGGAUGCUGAAGAAAUUGCUGAAUCCGAAUCUGAAGACUCGGAUGAGAAAGGAGACAAAAGUCCCAAGGGGAGUCCGGAAAAGCUUCUUGCAAGACUAUGCGAAGGCCUUGAAAACGGUGACAUCGUUAACACUGACCCCGAUUACGACAGUGUGUUUACCGACCUCGAGCCUGUGUGUGACGACGUUCUGGAAUUCGUAGACUCGGAAACGGAAAAUGAAGAGGGAGGUGAUGUCAAAAGUGGUAGAAAGACCCAAGGUUCGAUACAAACUUUUGGAAAGAAAGAAGGAAAAAAGGGAGACAAGAAAGGUGGAAAGAAAAAGGACGAAGAGAAUGACGCAGUAGAUGCUCUACUCAACUUCUGCAAUAAGUUGGAUGAGGCAGUGGAGAAAGGCUUACCCGACGAUAUUCCAACAGAGCUGUCCGAUAUUUUCAACGAAGUGGGUCUUAUCUGCGACGAUGCUCAAGCGAUUGAUUAA